CCGACUCUCCGCCGCCCGGAGCUCAUCUCCAAACCACCAAAUCACAUCUCUGACCCGGGACGCUCCAAACUGUCAGCAUCAAACUUCUUCACUUUACUUUUAAAGUCUUGAAGCGGAUGCAGAGAUUACAUGGAGAUCUGAGCGGACUCAUGCUGGAUGGAUUCUCUCUCUUUUUUUUCUGGUGCGUAAAACUUCGCCAAGUAGGUUAGUGGAGGAACCGGAGAGAGUUUUUGGACAUACAGCGCAGCGGGUUUGGAGUGUGUGUGAGUGUGUGUGAAAAGUUGCUGAGAGCUCGGAGAGAGUUUGAUCCAAUGCGUCCGGAGCGGCCGGUUCAACAGCAGGAACACCGAGAGGAGAAACACCGAGAGAGAGAAGGAGAAGGAGGAGAAAGGAGCUGAGAUCAGCGGGGUGUGCAGGGACUCACCGGCUGCUGGACGUACAUGUCUCCGCUCCCCACCGGCACCGAGGUUUCUACUCCCUGUGACAUCAUCGCACCAUGCCUGAGGGGUCACGGCGUGGCAGCCAGAGAUCGCCUAGCAACACAGCCGCCAAGCGUCCCUCCUCAGUCUCGUCUCUGAGUGGGAUUGUGGGUAGGAUGAUGUCGUCCGGCGAUCGAGGAGCCUCGUCCUCGUCCUGCACCUCCGUCAACACCGUCUGCUCGGACAGCGAGCGGCCUGCCUCCCUCUCCCUCUCUUCCUCUGCUUCAUCCGUCUCCCUGCAGGACACCUCCCACUCCUCCUCUUCCUCCUCCUCCUCUUCCUCUCUGCCAUACGGCGCUGUGCCAACCUACAACGCCUCUUCAUCGUCCUCGUCGUCCUCCACGCCAAAGAGGAACGGCUCCGACAUCAGCCUGGACCUCACACCCCUCGUCACGCCACAUGGAGGAGGAGUCCCUGCAGGAGGAGGCGGCAUCUGUGUUGCCAAGGUGACAGGUGGAGGUCACCCCCCAAAUGGAGAUGUAGCCAAGAUGGUGGCAGCGGUGGCCACGCCCAGACAGCUUUCGCGGCUGGAGCGAGUUGUUCUGGAGAUCGUAGAGACCGAACAAGCCUACGUCAGAGAUCUGAAGAGCAUCGUGGAGGAUUAUCUGGGCUGUAUCAUCGACUGCGGCUCUCUGCCUCUGAAACCGGAGCAGGUCAGCACGUUGUUCUGCAACAUCGAGGACAUCUACGAGUUCAACAGUGAUCUCCUGGAGGAUUUAGAGAGGAGUCCUCAUGCUGCCGCCAUCGCAGAGUGCUUCGUGGAACGGAGUGAAGCCUUCGACAUCUACACACUCUACUGCAUGAACUACCCCAACUCGGUGGCGGUGCUGAGGGACUGUAUGAAAAACAAAAGUCUGGUUCAUUUCUUCCAGGAGAGACAGACGACUCUGAACCAUUCUUUACCUCUGGAGACGUACCUGCUCAAACCAGUGCAGAGGAUUCUCAAAUACCACCUGCUACUACAGGAACUUUCAAAGCACUUUGACAAGAGCGACCCUGGAUAUGAGGUCAUUGAGGACGCCAUCAUCACCAUGACAGCGGUGGCCUGGUACAUCAACGACAUGAAGAGGAAACAGGAACACGCAGUACGACUGCAGGAGAUUGAGUCCCUGCUGGUGAACUGGAGCGGGCCGGACCUCAGCGGGUUUGGAGAGCUGGUUCUAGAAGGUUCCUUCAAGGUCCACAGAGUGAAGAAGGAGAGGGCGUUCUUCCUGUUUGAUAAGAUGCUGCUGAUCGCCAAGAAGAGGCUGGAGCAGUUCGUCUACAGCACCCAUAUAUUUUGUUGUAAUCUGCUGCUGGUGGAGAAUCUGAAGGAUUCUUUGUGCUUCAAAGUGUCGGAUCAGACGAUUCCCAAACAGCAGCACAUCGUCCAGACAAAGAACCAGGAGGAGAAGAGGCUGUGGGUGCACUACCUCAAGAGACUGAUCGUAGAGAAUCAUCCUGCUUCUCUCCCACAGAAGGCGAGGCAGGUCCUGGGAGACAACUUCUGUCAAUCUCCUCAGUUUGACCAGGACAACCUGAAGAAGUCCUCCGCAUCGCCGCGACUGGACGAUAUCCACGGCUACCACAGAGGCAGACGUCAGUCAGGUCAGGAGCCUCCAGAGCUGCUGAUGUACACGCCUGAGAAGUCCAGGAAGAGUCUGCCGCUGCUGCUGGAGGGAAACCUGCCGUACAGACGCACCAGGAGGCAGUCAGCCCCGGCAAAAGACAUCGAAGCAGCAUUUCAUCCCAACGGUGAGAAUGUUUCACAGUAACCUUCAGACACAUUU